GGCAGCUCUGGACAGCUCUAGAGAUCCUGGGGCGGCUCUUAGCUGCGCUGCUCCAUGCCCGUGUGUUCAUUCAGCUGUUGCGGCGGAAGUCAGCAGCCGCAGCACCUCACUUACACCAAGCUGCGCGGACUGAAUGACGAUUCUCUAACGCUUUCCUCCCUGAACCAGGCUAUGACAUUAGGCAAAUUAUGCCGCAUUUCAAAAGCAGUGGCGUUGUCAAUCGCUAUGUUUACUUCUCAUCUCAAUUUCGCUUUGAAAACAUCCCCUGCAUUUAGCUAAAUCGCUGGUUGUACCUGACAGCUAGCUUGGUUCUGCUUUCGAUUCGUUUAUACGAAGCAGCUAUAUUUUAGAUUAUUUGUGUUGUCGGUGCGAAGAAACUCAUCCAGUAGACAUGGGAAUCAUUUUUACAAAGUUAUGGAGGCUUUUUAACCACCAAGAGCAUAAAGUCAUCAUCGUUGGAUUGGACAAUGCAGGAAAGACAACAAUCCUUUAUCAAUUUUCUAUGAAUGAAGUAGUUCACACGUCACCCACAAUAGGCAGCAAUGUAGAGGAGAUUGUGGUGAAGAACACCCAUUUCCUCAUGUGGGAUAUAGGAGGCCAGGAAUCUCUGCGUUCUUCCUGGAACACCUACUACACUAACACAGAGUUUGUGAUAGUUGUGGUGGACAGCACAGACAGAGAGCGGAUCUCUGUGACCAGAGAAGAGCUCUACAGAAUGCUCGCUCACGAGGACCUUAAAAAGGCUGGUUUGUUGGUGUUUGCCAACAAACAGGAUGUGAAAGGUUGUAUGACAGUUGCUGAAAUCUCACAGAGCCUACAGCUUACUUCAGUUAAGGACCACCAGUGGCACAUCCAGGCCUGUUGUGCUCUCACGGGGGAGGGACUAUGUCAGGGAUUGGAGUGGAUGAUGUCACGACUACGGGUGAGAUGACUUCUGAUCGUAGAAAACGGUGCACACUCUUUCUCCUCUCCGCGUGGAGGCCAACUGUGUCUCACUGUGAAGGUGGCCUGGAGAUGUCACCCAGAUUCGUGUGAUGAAUUUAUUACAGUGGAGAACUGUACUGUGAACAACAAUCUUCAACUAACUAAUCAAAAGGUUCAGGAUGUGCAAAACCACAUAAACUCAGUGUUUUUCUACCUAGUUGCUCUAUAAAGAGUCGAACAAGAAAGAUGCAGAGGAGCUUGUGGACGGAGCACAUGUGGAACUGAGUGAGACUCUGCAUGGAUUUGCAGUAUUGUCUGACUGCCUGACAUAGUAUUGCCCAGUGUGUUAAGUCCAGUAUUUACCUUGACCUUGAGCCUGUGUCUGAACCUCUCAGAGCCCAGGGCAUCACAUAGAGUGUAAAAAAACACCAUGCAAGGGAAGACUUCACUUUAUGUAAAAGAAAAAUAAUAAUAAUUAAUAAAAGUUAAAUAAAGCGUUUUUACCCUUGAA